UGUGGCCAAUGAAUGGCACGUGAAUCUCUAACUCCCCAUUUUUCAUCUCUUUCUUUUAUCAACACGAGUCCUCCCUUUCCUACCAACACAUUUCAUUUCAAGCAAGAAACCCGAAAUCGAGGGAGGCGCAGAGAGAAACCGAAAGAAAAUUCCAAAAAAUGUUGAGAAUCUUGAGGAAAACCACACCACCAAUGGCCAACAGCAGCGGAUCCGGUGACGACGAUCUGUCCACGUGGGAGUUCGUCAACGCCUCUCUCUCAGACGACGAAGACAUCUACUCCUUCGACGGCGACGACGUCAUCAGCGAGGGAGAUGAUGCCACCGAAGAAGAGCCGGAGUCUAAGCCGGUACAAGGAGAAGAUGAAGACGCAGGGGAGCCCCGUGAUUUCGGGAGUCCUGACGUUAUCAUGUCUAUUCAGAGUCUGUCAGUCUCACCCCCGAUGACUUUACCUGUUGAGAUGACAAGUAAUCAUGUGUACCAUGAAGGUAGAGAUGGGUCUGAUGAUGAUGAUGGUGGCGAUGAUGAUGUGCGUGAUGUAUAUCAUGAUGAUGUUGAUGAUGAGUUGGUGCCGUGGAAACUGAAGGACAGGUUUGGGAAGCAGAGGAUAAGGAAGAUGGGGAAGAGGGGCGGACCAAAACCUAACAAAUCGAAGAGGCUGCCCUAUUACCAUAACAGGCCUGGAUGCUUGUACGGGAAGCAUGGAUUUGGCGUGCAGCACUCCUUCAUCUGAUGGUGUAAUAUGUUAAAAUUGGAUGAUGAUGGUUGGUGCUCUGUGGGGGAAGUGGGGUUCUGUAUGCCAGAAGACUGGAUUGGGGUUGGUCUAAUUUGGGGCUUCUUGGCUUAUUGCUUCUGUGUGACUGAUGUUAUGAACAUUCAGUUAGUGGGGUUAGUCUAAUUUGGGGCUUCUUGGUUUAUUGCUUCUGUGUAACUGAUGUCAUGAACAUUCAGUUAGUUAUCUGAUUUGGUGGAUGUAAAUAUGGAUGGCUUAUCUUAUGCAGUUUCUAAUACAUAAGUCUCCACUUGUAAAGUGUAUGUAGGUAUCAUAUUAGUUGAUUAUCCGCAUGCUUGGUUGUGAACAGAUAUUUGAUCUAACGUGAUGCAAUUUCAAGUUCUAUGAUCUUGACCAGUUGAA